AUGCAUAUUCCAUUCUCAUUUGAAGAUUUGGAUCUGGAUGAAUACGAUUAUGGCAAUGGAUAUGAAGGUUUAGUUGAAGAAGCGAAUGAAGACAAUGAGUCGGAUUUAGAAAAUUCAUCAACUACUCGACCAACAAACAUUGAAAUUCAAAAAACCCAACCGCGAAACUUUGAAAUUCUAGAAACCCAACCACAAAGCGUUGAAAUUCAACCCGAAAGAUCUCGUACUAGUUCUAAUCCAUAUCUCACGUCUUCUAUUAUGGCACCUUUCAAGCCACUAUAUCAUUCUGAUUCACCAAUGAUCGUUAAGUAUGGUAAAAAAAGAAAACCUUUGGUGACCAUUAAAAAUAGUAUUGUAAUUAAUCUUCCUUUGGAUGUUCCACCACAAGGAUAUGACCUGAAAAUCCAUUUAAAAAUUAGUUGA